UAUCAUUAGUUGAUAUUGCAGGUUCCCUGAUGAGAUGGACAAAGCCAGUCGAACUCAAGAGAAAGUUUUAGCCAAGAUGGAGGGCUUACGGAAGAAACAAUCAUGUUCUCCAGAAGAGUUGAACAAACUUCGAAAAAUGGUGGACAAACAUCACAGAGUUAUUACAACAGAACAUCGACAACAGAGACGCAAUGAGCGUAAGAAUGGUAACUGGAAAGCAGGAAAAUCAAAGAAAAUCAGCAUUGACAAUAAGGGCUUCCCUGUGGAUGCAUCUUUCUUACAUGCAGCCCUACAAGAACUUGAAGCUUUAGCUGAAGAUUCUCCUAGUGAGGGUAAUGGAGGAGCUGCUACACGUGGUUAUGAUGCCCUGUACCUUAAGGACAUUACCUACCCUGAUGGCUCUGAAGUAGCUCCUGGAAAGGAAUUUGUGAAAACCUGGCGGGUAAUCAACUCAGGAGUGAUGCCUUGGAAUGACAAGGUAAGAAGUACUGUAUAUUGAAUCUUUCACAUCACA